CAACAUAUCGAUAAUAGUUAAAUAUCAACUCUAUGUAGCUGUCGCGGUGAAAACAAGUUAUUCGCACUUUAUUGCAACAAAUUUCUGAAAAGGAAAAACUGAACUGGUAUACAUUUAUAUUCUAUAAACACACGCGAAUAGAAAGUUCAAUUGGCAGCUAAAGGUGACGACGCAAGCAAGACGAAGAAAAAAAAUAUCAUCUACGUAUACGUAAAUUUUUAAGACAAUUAAGUUUUUGAGUCCGACGCCGCUACCGCUAUGUCAUGCCGUGCACCCUUUCAACCCGAGGAACAAUACGAGCAGUUGCGCCGACCGAAUCCUGGACCAGGUGCCGCUAUUCCUAUCGCACCACAACUCGCCACUGCUUUGCCUCUGGAGCAACAGGCCCACCUUUUUAAUGAAUUUGCCUCUGUUGGCUAUGCUCCGGCUGCAUUUGCACCAGGUCCUCCUGUUAGUUUUGCAGCUCCAUCACAGGCACCAAUUAUGGCCGACGUGGCAAGUGGAUUCGGGCAUUCAAAGCUUUCGGCUAGCGCGACUGUUUUUAUACCUAACCAAUCGAGUAACAGUAAUAUAGGUAAGCGUGGACCGCCACCGCAGCAACAGCAAUAUCAACAUCAACAUCAACCGUCAGGGCCAGCACCUUAUGCUCAACAACACCAACAGCGUUAUUUGAAUGGACUCAAGCAACAGCAUCAGCAGCAAAAAAAUUACAAUCAUCACCAGCAAAAUCUGCAGUAUAACAAUGAUAUGCAAAAGCUGUCAAACUCGGUUCAAGCUCGUCUGCAUAUUGGUCAACAACCACCGCAUAAUGGUGCAAUGAACAAUUACUAUCAACAGCAGCAGGUACAAACACUGCAACACCAACAACACACACAACAAUCACAAUCGAAAUUUCAACGUCAUGCGCAUUUAAAUAAUUCAUUCCAACAAAUUGCACAACAGCCACAGCAGCAGCAGCAGCAGCAGCAAUAUUUCCACCAGCAACCACAACCAUCGACUUCAUCGGCUGCUGUUUCAACUUCGUCGGCCUCGUCCCAUCCUGACAUGGAAACAAUUGCUUUAGAAUAUCUUGAUACUGUAAUACAUUGCCUUAACCAGAAUCCCGGACAAUUCGAUACAAUUGCAUCACGUUUCCUAACAAUCUUUGAUGGAAUGGAGAGUAAUAACUAUGUGCUCUCAAUCGCCAUGGAGGAUAUAUUUGAAAAAUCAAUUGAACAACCAAAUUUUCGGUACAUGGGAGCUAAAUUGUAUAAUUUACUGCAUAUGCUCAAUCUCAAGCCGGAUUCGCUGUUUCACACCUUGCUUAAAUGUAAGCUUGACUAUCACCGUGCUGAGGUAGAUAAGUAUAUGCAAUCAGUAGAACAGCAGCAAAAGGUGAGGGAGACAGCCCUCUUCCUAGCCGAAUUGUACAUGCAAUUGCGUGGCGAUGAUGACGCCCGAAUCCAGCUCAUUGCUGUUAAUAUAGUGUACUCGCUGAAACAACUUUUAGCAUAUGAGAGUUCUGAAAAUGUGCGCUGUAUAUGCCAGACAUUGAAGUUGGCCGGUUACGACCUAAGUGCUGAUUGCAAACAGGACAUGCAAUAUAUUAUUGCUUUAUUACAGGCGUUCGAAUUUAAGUCGCCUGGUAAAUACGCUAUGGUUGCCAAUGUUAUUGCAUUGCAGCAAAACAAUUGGGGACGGAAGGUAUCGAAUGCUCUUGGCGGAGAUGAUGAUGUUGUUGCAAAGCCACCAGAGCCACCACGCUUGAGCGACGAGCCCGUCUUCUAUGGCCCAGAUGGACGCGAGCUUACAGCCGAGGAAACUGAUUUUCUCGCCGCUGAGGAUGAUGCUACCGGCAGCGAUGGUGACGAAUUUGAUGUAAGAGAUAACGAUUUGGAUCUCGACCCGGAAAUGGACGAAGAGACUGAGCGUGCUUACAAGGACUUCUGUAAACAAGGAAAACAAUCGCAGGCAAACAAGAAAUCUUAAUUUUGUAUGUGUGAAAAAUGUGUGGUGUUAAUUUGGCGUGGCAGUAGGGAUACAUUUUAAGUAUACUCACAUAUUUAAAGGGGUUACCUGACAAAUUAUUGGUUGUGUAGUUGCAAUUUGAAUUUUUUUUGUUUUUUUAAAUUUUUUUAUUUUUAAUUGGUUACAAAUUAUUUGUGAUAUAUGACAUCUAUGCUUAGCUUUUGUAUUACAUACAUAUUUAUGUCCAUGUGUGUGUGUGUAUUCAGAAGCACUUCUCAAUAUUUUAAAUACCUUGUUUUUAUGGAAUAGGUACUCGUUUAAAAAAAAAUCUAAACAUUUUCUUUAACCUUCUGCCACGCCGAUGCGUUACAACACAAACACUUUUUGAGACUCGUACAAAUAGUAUUCGUAUGCCUACACAUCCAUACAUAUGUAGAUUCAUAACUGCAACACAUUCAA